AAGAAAGCGAUUAGGAGGUUUAUAUAUUAUUAACUGUAAUAAAAAGGAAAAAAACGAUAUGAAAGAAAGUGAUAUGUCAAGAAUGAAGGUGAAGGGAAAGAAAUAUAGUCGAGUAAAAGAUUUAUUAUGCGUGAUUACGUGCGAUGCGACGACGCAUGGACACAAUCGUCGCCGCGAGGAGUUAAGGUAGAUUAUUGAAGUUAGAGCGACUCCGCGAGUGACUCAGUAAGCUUCAGUUCCGUCUGCCGAAUGGUCAAAAGUGUUACCUUUGACACGAAUCUUUGAUUUGUUUUCUAUUUUUAUUUUUAUUUUUUUAAUAUAUUCUUCAUCGAACUUAUCAGAUCUUUUACGAGAAUAAUACGAUCAAAGUGUGUUCGUAGAAUUUGUGUAAGAAAUUAUUCGAUAUUAUUAUUGGAGAAUAAAAAAGAAUUGUGCUUUACAAAAAUCAUAGGAGAUAAAAACAAAAGAGCAUUGUUUUAUUUCUUGUAAAAGAGAAAUAAAAAGGAAAACAAAGGAAGAAAGAAAGAAAGAAAAAAAAAUAACAUGGCUAUACACUACGAUCUGGUGAAUAAACUGACUCUAGCAUUUCUCGCAGUAUCGAUAAUAUAUUUCAUCGUAAUGGACAUAUUAUUGUAUUUGAGAGUGAAGAAUUAUCCUGUGAAAGAAACGGUGAACGAUACACCACUGUAUCGACCAAUGAUAUCAUGCGAUUUGAAUCCCCUUUGCGCGGUAACAGUGAAGGGUUUGACAUUGGAUCAUCCGAAUCAUUUUCUCUUGAGUCCGUUGGCCGCUCUGAUGGAUAAGAUUUUGGGUAUUAGCAAAUCAUGGUAUUGGUUGACGCCAAAUUUAAUAAGUGGUUUUCACGUGUUAGUCGCUGUGUUAGCGGGCAAAUGUGUUUCGAGCGAGUCCCUGACGCAAAGACGUCUCGGCGUUAUGCUCUUUCAAGUGAGAACAUAGCUAGACGAUUUGGACGGCCACAUAGCGAGACAGAGAGCAAACAUAUCGGGUGAACGAUCGGACGUUGGUUCACCUGGUUAUUUCGUUGAUGGUUUUUGCGAUGCUCUUGGAUGCAUCGCUUUGAUCGUCGGCCUUUAUUACUUCAUUAUUCGCUCUCCAUCCAGACGAGGAGGAUACGAUAAGAUGCAAACGUUACCUUUAACAUCUGUCGUCUUAGAUACGACUCAUUACGUAUCAUCUUCGAACACGUCAAUAAGGAACAUCGCACUUCCUAAUGUUCUCUUGUUGAUCGGUCAUCUGAUCGUUGCCAGUGCCGCAUGGAAUCGUUAUAUAUGGCUUUAUCAGGAUCUUUUGGAUCUAGAUAUCGAACCAUUCACAAUCAACACCGAACUUCUACAUCUACGACAAACCAAUGUACUUAGAAGUAAUUCAUUCUGGUUCGUCGCUCUAAGCUGGAAAAUGUUCAAUGUACAUGCAGCCAUGGAUUAUCUUUUACUGGCAAUAUUUUUUAAUCGUGUUUGGGAAUAUAUGAAACUGUCCAGAUGGUCGUCCUACAUUCUUAUAUUUUUACUUAUCUAUUUGACAGAAUUUCAUUAUCAGUAUGCUUAUGAUUAUGUACAUAUGGUACCUAUAAUUGUUGAUGGCGUGACAUCUUCCUCGGUCGGCCUUAUUCAUCGAUGAUAGAUUGAUUAUUUAUCUGUCUUUAUCUCUCGACUAUAUAUAUAUAUAUUUUUUUUCUUCUUCUCUCCCUUUUUAUUAACAAUCUUAUCUAGAUUAUUUGAUGUUUCAUUGAUACGUCGACGUUUAUUGCUAUCAAAAUUAUAUAUAAGUUCACCAUAUCGAUGUGAAGAAUCCUUUAACGAUUAUCUUUAGUUCAUUACUACGAUCGAUACAAACUUCAUUUACUUCUGUAAAUUUUUUUUAUAUCGAUAGUAUCUACGUGACUUUGACGAUAUAUCUUUCGAAAAUGUAGGAGAAAGAAAGGACACAAAUAUUUCGUAUUAUUGUGAUUACAGGUAAAAUCUUAUCGAUAUGUUUUAACGGAGAAAAAUGUAUUGACUAAAUUUAUUUCUCUCAUUUACGAGUUGAUUAUCGAUAAGAGAAUUAUCGCGUACGAUUAAAAAAAAAAAAAAAAAAAAAAA